GGCGGCGGCGGAGGCGGCGGAGGCAGCAGGGGGAUCCGGAAGUCAACACCAUGUCGAGUCUGCACAAGAGCCGGAUUGCUGAUUUCCAGGAUGUCCUGAAGGAGCCCACCAUUGCCUUGGAAAAGCUUCGCGAACUCAGUUUUAGUGGCAUCCCCUGUGAGGGCGGACUGCGGUGCCUCUGCUGGAAGAUUCUCUUGAACUACCUCCCAUUGGAGAGAGCCUCAUGGACCUCCAUCCUGGCCAAGCAGAGGGAGCUAUAUUCUCAGUUCCUGAGGGAAAUGAUUAUCCAGCCUGGCAUUGCCAAGGCCAACAUGGGUGUGUCCAGGGAGGAUGUGACCUUUGAGGACCAUCCACUCAACCCCAACCCUGACAGCCGGUGGAACACAUACUUCAAGGACAAUGAGGUGCUGCUGCAGAUUGACAAAGAUGUCCGGAGGUUGUGCCCAGACAUAUCCUUCUUCCAGAGGGCCACUGAGUACCCAUGCCUCCUCAUCCUGGACCCCCAGAAUGAGUUUGAGACCCUUCGUAAGCGGGUGGAACAGACGACGCUGAAAUCGCAGACAGUGGCCCGGAACCGGAGUGGAGUCACAAAUAUGAGCUCCCCGCACAAGACCUCAGCGCAGUCAUCCCUGAAUGAGUACGAGGUGCUGCCCAAUGGCUGUGAGGCCCACUGGGAAGUGGUGGAGCGCAUCCUGUUCAUCUAUGCCAAGCUCAACCCUGGCAUUGCUUAUGUGCAGGGCAUGAAUGAGAUCGUGGGGCCCCUCUAUUAUACCUUUGCCACCGAUCCCAACAACGAGUGGAAAGAGCACGCCGAGGCAGAUACCUUCUUUUGCUUUACCAACCUCAUGGCCGAGAUCCGGGACAACUUCAUCAAGAGCCUGGAUGACUCACAAUGUGGCAUCACUUACAAGAUGGAAAAGGUGUACUCCACCUUGAAGGAUAAGGACGUGGAACUCUACCUGAAACUGCAAGAGCAGAACAUCAAGCCCCAGUUCUUCGCCUUCCGCUGGCUGACACUGUUGCUGUCCCAGGAGUUCUUGCUGCCUGACGUCAUUCGUAUCUGGGACUCCCUCUUUGCUGAUGACAGCCGCUUUGACUUCCUCCUCCUUGUGUGCUGUGCCAUGCUCAUAUUGAUCCGGGAGCAGUUGCUGGAAGGGGACUUCACUGUAAACAUGCGGCUCCUUCAGGAUUACCCCAUCACAGACGUCUGCCAGAUCCUACAGAAAGCCAAGGAACUCCAAGACUCAAAGUAGCCUGGCAGCAAAAGGCCCAGGUUGGGGAGAGAAGCCACCACUGGUCCCUGUGCCCUGCCUUCUGGGACACGAAGAAGUCUGUGGGACCCCAGCCCGAGGGGAAGCUGCAGGACUGGUCCGCUCCAGGCCUUCUCACCCUAGGCCGCUCCCACUGGGGGCACACUGUGCCAUGCUCCUUCCCGACCACCGAGCCCUGGCUCCCUCUCCGCUCUUCGGUCCUGGGACCCUUUCCCCAGGCUGCUGAGCAAGGCCGGAGCUCCUGAAGUUGUUUCCCGCGGCUGGGGUGGAUGGGGGGCACUGGGAGCUGGCCAAGGUCCCUCCCUGCCUCCGCUCUGCUGCUCCUCUCUGCUCUGGUCUGGAGGUGCUGGGCAAGUGGGCCAGAAGCCACGUCCGGGGUUGGUGCUUAGGCUUCUCCAUGGGGAAGGUGGCACUGAGGGAGCUAAGCUGCUGCCAGGCCCAGGCCACACCCUCUG